AUGAAUUACCAAAGAAAUAUAUGGAAAGUUAUUUAACUGUUACAUAUAUAUAAUGAAAAAUUACAUACUGGGAAGAUAUAUUUACAAAUUAAAAUUAUAGCCCAAUAUUCUAAACUACAAAAAUAUGAACAUUCCUAUCCUCGAAAAACUAAGUUAAGGAAAAGCCUAAAAAAUACAAAGAUUAAUGGAUAAGGACAAACCACCUCCUAUGAUGGGUUAACUCAUUAAUUCAUCCAGAAAUCUUCUUGGGAACUGCUUUAAAAUUUAUGGAAGCCGAAUAAAUUCCAAAUAAAAAAUAGAUUAGAUGGACAUGAUUUUGCCCAUUAUCAAAAAUGA